AUGUGCAGCUCUCGAAGACCGGACAAGGGAGAUAGUGCAGUACACGACAGUGAUGAGGUGACUGAGCCUAGUGGACUCUGGUCUCUCGACAGGUCGGCGACCAACUCUUCGAAUGACAUGGUUGCUGCGGCGGUGAUUGGCGUAGGACGAAUUCUAUCCAAAUCGUGGGGACUUCAGACGUGCAUACAGUGUUACACGACAGCACAUGGUCAUCCGCAUGCUGACUCAAUUGCAGGCUUGCAGGCUCCACUGGCCAGAACAGAGCGAUUCCACCAGCAACUCCUAGGGACACUUAAGCUAAAAGUGGCCCUUGUAAGAUAUUUCGUUGCACGGUCAUCUUCAUCCUGCGAUAACAGAAUCCACAUCUACUUUUUUCGUUCCAGUAUGCCACACACAGCGCGGAGGAUGCGGCCACAGAGCUCCAAAGUGAAGGGGCAGGACUCUCCUACGCUUAAAAAUAAGCCACCCGGAAAUUGGGGCCGCCGUGUCGUCGUAUACGAUCCAGAGCGCGGGGAUGCUAAUGUACGAAAGGCAAAGGAUGUCUGGCAUGACGCGGCUCAAUACCAAUUGUUGAAACUUCCCAAGCGGAGGAAACACGUCUCUCUUUUUGUUGAGGAGAACGACGACACGAAGCUCAAGGUGGGUGAAAGCGAGGAUGAGAAAGGAAAUGGGAAUGCGGAUGAACGCCUUUUCGCAACACUGAGCCUUGAUCGCCUCAGUCUUGUCAACCUAGUACUGUUCACGUGGGGUCGUCUCUCAACUCUUCGUUCAAAUGUAUUUGGAGUUUUGACGGUGCCAUUACUCGCUUUUCCCAAUCGAUGGGUAUCAGAAUUUUGUCUUAGUCAUCAGAGUCGUCGAAUCAGCCAACAACCUCCCUCACAAUCUGCCAGGCCAAAACAAAAAUUACUCGACACUCGCAUGGCUCAGUCAUAA